CUACGAUAACGGCGCGAAAAAAUGGUUUUCAAGAUAAAUUACUUACAAACACAAACUUGUUAUUUAAUACAAAUUAAUAAGAAUGGAUUCUAUGAAGGUCAUUAAAUUACAACAUAAGUUAUUGGACAAUUUAAACAUAGUGUACAAUGUGUCUAGUCGGUCAAUAGUAUUUUGGAAUAAAUAUCAAAUAUUUUUGUUCGAUGAGCUAAAAUAUGAAAGUUUGAAUAACGUUUGCCAGUGGACAAAUUUUACUGAAUUUAGAACUGCUCAAGUAAUUUUAUCGGAUAACUAUCUGAUCUGCUUAGAUCACAGUGGCUACAUUUACGUAUCUCCACUGAAGUUUAAACAGUCAGCUCAGAAAAGAAUUAAGACUAGUUUUCAGACACGAGAAACGGGAAUUUUAUGUAUAGAUUGCAACGAAAAUUACAAUGUUACAUUCAGUAUUCAACAAGAAGCAACAAAAUUAUACUUUUGUAUCCAUAAAAUAAGUUCAGAUUAUCCCUUGGAGAAAAAAAUUGAAAUAUCGAAUGAAACCGAACUAUGUUUAAAAAAUGUUAUUCGUGGUAAGAUGAUUUUUCGCUCUCGUGUAUUAAAUGAAACAGAAUUUACACACAUUAAAGAUUUAUUCCAGUUAAAAGAGAUUCAAUGGACAAAUCAACUUUUAGUAAUUGUAAGUUUUGAUAAUUUAACAUUGUAUGCUCUUCUAAUAUGUUUGAAAUUGACCCAACAAAAUGUAUCUCUUAGAAAAUUACUGACUUAUCCAUCACAAAUCAACAAUAUCAGUUUUAUUAACGACAACAAUCUAAGUAUAAUUAUAAGUUUAGCUUCCGGGACAUUGAUAAAGCAACCAAUUAAUAGUGAAUAUAAAACACCUGAUAUCAUACAUUUAAAUACUGCUAUAAAUAAAUGUCUAUCUAUUAAUAACACUAUGAUAUACACCGAUGGCAUUUCUAUGUGGAAAUCUGAAAACACAUUUACUGAAACUGACAUAACGUUCAGAGAAUUUAUGGUAAGGCAUGUCAAAGAUUUCAUUAAGGUUGCAGAUCAGAUUGUCUGCACAACGUAUUCAAAGUUAGUUUAUUUAAUACCUCUUGAAGAUGAAUCAUACUAUCUUAAACUUCCUACUACAGAUGGAGAUUAUUAUCCAGCGAAAGAUCUUUUAAAUAACUGUGAUUACUUAGACAAAAUAAUGGAGGAAAUAAAAAGAAAUGAUCAAAUAAUUAAAAAUAUCAAAAAGGAAGAAAAUUAUCUUACAACAUUAGCUUUGUCGAACAGAAAAGACGUGAUGGAUGAAAUUAUUCAGUAUAAAGUUAUUGUACUAGAUAAUUAUGAAGAUAUAUUGAAUAAAGAUAUUAUAUUAACAAUGACAAAUAAUGUUGAAGAAUAUUUCAACUCAGACACAAUAUAUUUUCUCAUAAAAAUCACUACGACUUAUCAUUUGCAACAAAAAUUUUGUGAUAUACUCUCUAACCUUUUUGGUAAUUUAAAGAUACAUAUCACACUGCUGUCUGACUGCAACAUUUUAAAAACAACCAGUAUAGCAGUUCAGGAACAGUUGAAAACUAUGAACAUUGUCGUACCAUUAAACACACAAAUGUUAAAUUUAACAAAAAUAACCGUAGACAUUAAAUUGGCAACUUAUAUACCUGGAGCUCUAAAUGAAAAUGACACUCUCUGGACAAUUUUGCACUGUAAUAAAAUUGUUUUAAAUCCAGAAAACUUUAUUAAAACGAAUUAUUCAAGACAUAACAUACAAUUUAUUAAGGAACCAAAAAAACCUAUUGCGGAUUCAAUUUACGAAACAGCUUGCAAGCACUAUGGGAAAUUAUUUAAAAUUCAUAGAGUUCCAAACACAGGGACAACAUUUAAAUGGUCAUUUUACGUCAAAUUACCGAAUAACUAUAAGGAUUCAUUGAAAAAUAGCAAUUACUUUUUUGCCAAUUUUGAUAUUAGCAAAGCAAAAUAUUUAUUGAAUGAAUUAUCAUCGGAAGAAUUCCUGAAAUCGCAGACUAAUCUUUGCUUCUCAUUAGACAAUGAAAGAGUGGAAGUAGAAAUUUCAAAUGAUGGUAUUUUCGACCCUUUAUUAAAGGUGACCUCUAAAAAUGCGCAAGUAGCUUUUGGUAUCAGAAAUUUUUUCUCUAGUGUCGCUCACUAUAAUUUUAGAAAUUACGAACACGAAUUUACUAGCAAUUCAUUAUAUGACUCAAUUGAGAAUAUGGAAAGAAAAGUCAAAGUAUGCUUGUACAAACAAAUUUCAAAUGAAGAAUUCAUCAACAUAUUUGAUCAAUACCAAAGGAAUAUCAUUGGUGCUAUAGUUAUAUAAGAUAAAUAUUUUUAAAAAGCUAGUCACAAUCAGCCCGUUUCAUGCCUACAAGGCACUGGCCUAGGGUCCCGCUAGCCGAUAGGCCCCAUCCAGCUGAACCAUAUCAAACUACCUUGGAUCUAUGAAUCGGGGCCUGGUCACAAUUGUUAUUUAUAUUAUCAAUGUUUUGGCUUAACUAUUUAAUUUUAAUAUGUUGUUAAACUACAGAAUUUUGCCUUUAAAUAACUUUCUACUCCACUGGUCCAGUGGCUAGCUUUUGUCAAGCCAUAUUCGGUCUACUGUGCAGUUAGCGCUGGAAUAUAACAGUAAUCGUGAACAGUUGACUAGUCUUUUUAAUAAAUAAAAUUGUAUAUUUCAAGCAAUGUUCUAAAUAUUUAUUUAUGUUUAUUAAUUUUUUUUUUAUGAAAAAUGUAAUUUUAUUUUGUCAUUGAACCUGUGUAUCAUGAUAACGUUAUACAUUGAAAGCUUAAAAUUACAAUACUACAGAUAUGAUAUUAAAGUUUGAAACCCUAAAAGAUUUAAAGUUUAAUCCUUUUAGUCCUCACAAUACAUACAACAAUUAAUUAUUAUAAUCAAUGAUGUAAUAAUAUUUCGUACAAUUAUUUCUGUCUUUCGGCACUGAAGUCCAACAAGGAAAAGUUCAUUCUCUUUUUGAAUUAAACCUAUUUGUAUCUACCCUUACCUAUUCUGUAUAUUAAUUUAGUUAUAUGCAAUAAUAAUUUGAUUCCUAUUCCAAAGCAUUUUGUUCAUUCUUUAAAAAUUGUACUGAAAAUUUGCUUGAAACCUAUAUAUAAGGAUUGGAUAGGAUAUUGAUAGUAGAUAAAUAAAAAAAAAUAUAGAUUAAU